UAACUAUUAGAUAGAUAUAUCUGAAAACAGCUAUUAGAUCUGCGCGGAUAUUGGAGAUUGUCUUAUCCUUCAUUUUCCUUUGUAUAUAAACAUAUUCAUUCUUCAUUUUCCUUUCAACACACAACAAUAAUCAUAAUCAUGGGUACAACUUCUAUCUCCCGAGUUGCUAGGUAUUUGCCUGUUGGUUUCCGUAGAGAAUUAUCUAGGAAAAAACUGCAGCAAUUUGCAGACAACAAUCUUAUUGAUGUAGAGUUUGAAUUUCUUGAUGAUUCUGAUGUCAAUUUAGGUGAUAGUAGUUCAAGUUCCGAUGACUUUCCUUUAGAUAUUGAAGAUGAAGAUGAUGAUGAUGAAUCUUCUCAGAAGGUUCAUGCUGGUACCAGCAAUAUUGAAGAGAAUAGAAAUUUUUGGGAUAAUCAACUUCAGCUUCUGCAGACGAAUGUAUAUAAAAUAAGUGCGGUGGAAUUAAGCCUAAGGAAUGCAACACAAGAAGCGAUUGAGGAAAUAGAUAGAUCAGAAAUAGAGUGCAGUUGUAGUAGACAGAUCAAGGGUUCAUCAGCAAGAGAAUGUAGAAACUGUUUCAUGAGACAAGUUUCAAGGUGCCUUCAAAAUGCUGGUUUCAAUAGUUCCAUUUGUAAUACUAAAUGGACUAGCUCACAUAAUCUUCAAUCAGGGGAACAUACAUUUUUGGAUGUGAUACAUAGUACAAGCAAACAGAAAUCAGAUGUUAGGGUAAUCAUAGAACUAAACUUUCGAUCACAAUUUGAGAUGGGAAAAGCAAGUGAAGAUUAUAACAAUCUUGUGAGAAAACUCCCAGAAAUGUAUGUAGGAAAAGUAGAGAGAUUAAGAAACAUAAUAAAGAUCAUGUGUAUGGUAGCUAAGAGAUGUUUGAAGGAAAACAAAAUGCACAUAGGACCAUGGAGAAAACAAAAAUACAUGCAAGCUAAGUGGUUGGGUCCAUGUAAAAGGAAUACUUCAACAAAUUCACUUUCAAUGGGAUAUUCUCAGACGAUUAGUUCAAAGCAGAAGGUAAAGGCAUCAAUGUUAACAGUGGAUUUGUUAGACAAGAUUCCUAAUAUACAUUGUACUGCUAUUGAAGUUGUGUAAAUUGUUAUAGUUGAUUAAGAUAGAAGAUUGAUUUUUUCUAGAGUGAGAAAGGUGAGAAUUCAAUGUUGUUUUAUAAGUAUGUAAAAAUAAUUUAUAGCAAUACAUGCAUAGGGAUAUUUAUAUGUUGCUCAAAAAUGUUAAAUAUCAAAUACGGUAUUUACAUAUUUUUUUAGAUUUGUUUUCAUAAAAAAACACUUUUUGUUGAUUUGUUCGGUCAAUCCGGGGCUAAGGAUGGACAAUAAAAUCAGUUUUCCAACUUGAAUUUGG